CUCACACAACUUCUCUCUCUAAAUCCUUUCCUUGUAAAGCAAUUUUUCCUUAGAUCAACGCGCUUACACGACAUUUCAAGCACAUUGAGGCAAGACUUGAGACACAGCUAUGAGGGAGGAAAUCAAGGCUGUAUUAUUAGUCUGAAUGUCUAUAAAAAAGUAUCUGCAACAGUCCAAGAGCCUCGCUCCCCACCAGGACAUCAGUAUCGCUUCAGUGUAACUCAAACUGUUGAGGACAGCACUGAAUACUACACUAUAUAAUCCUUCAUCGAGACGGGAUUCCUCGAUACAAAGACGAUGGUAUGACCCGCAUAAAUGUGUGUAGUGGUGAGGGUGUUAGCAGGGGCGGUAUGGGCGUGUGUGGGGCUGGCCAUAGUCUCCCACGCCCACAGCCCAUGGAGGAGGAACACACACCUACGCCAGGCUGCCAUUAGAACCACUUACCAUCAUCAGGAUAGCAAGAGUGAACAAGUGAUGACCAACCAUCUGGCUGUUGAAGUACAAGGUGGAGAGGCAGAGGCCAGGUACUUGGCCAAGAAGUAUAACCUGCGAUAUGUUUGCCAGGUGUUGAGCAGCCCACCAGUGUAUCACCUACACAACGGCCAGAGCAACAGCAGUAGCAGCAACAGGCAGCUACGAGCUCAACCAUCCCACGAUGUCAUCCACUUGCUUGCACAGGACCCUGUGGUUAAAUGGGUUGACCAACAAAUCUCACUCGUUAGAGACAAACGACAACAUAUUUUACGACCAUCAAGUAGAGAAUAUCAAGAAAAUUCUUAUCAGACAAGACACAGACCUGCACGAAGGCCAGAGAUAUUUCAUAACAUGCCCACCAAUGUAGACAGCUCGAGACACGGGAUGGAUACAUUCCUCAGAAGACACCUUGAAGUUGGCAACAGGAGAGAGGGUCAAUGGAACACAAGGGAGAAGACUGUUGAUGAUUGGAUUAAUGAGGACGCGGAACUCGACAUGGGCAGACCUCCAGCUGUAAAAACACAAAUUACUGCGCAAGAUUCUAGUGAUACCCAAGACUCUGUAUCCAUUCCACUUUCAAGAGCCAUUCACAACUCUGUUGAUGCGGCCACAUACAGACUUGCUGCAGCUCAAGCUCUACGCGACGAGACCAUUAUGCAACAGUUUCUAGAUAGAAAUGAUGAGAGAGCUUUUUCCCGAAGAGAUCACAUUCCUAAUACUCAAAAUCAGACUAGUUUUAAUAGAAAGCAAAAUGACAUUUACUACAGUUCAAGUUAUUCAGUAGUAACCCAAGGAAAUAAGGAAGCUGAUGGUUUGGGAGUAUGGAUGGAUAACAGUGCAGAGGCUACAUUGACAUUUAAUGAUCCUUUCUUCAAGGAUCAGUGGUACUUGGAAAACACAGGUCAGCUGGGCCAGGCAGGAUACGAUCUGAAUGUCACCUGGGCGUGGCUCCGAGGCUUCACUGGCCGUGGUGUCCGUCUCUCCAUUCUGGAUGACGGAAUCCAAACCACGAAUGCAGACAUUGCAGCCAAUUAUCUUCCAGACGUCAGCUACUCAGUGGUCUAUGAUGGCCAGCCCCUAGAUGACCCGUCGCCCAGGAUAGACCCAACCUUCAGCAACUCCCAUGGCACUUACUGUGCUGCUAUCGUGGCUGCCGUCUCUAACAACUCUGUAUGUGGUGUUGGAGUGGCUUAUGAGGCAAAAGUUGGAGGUGUGCGUAUAGUGGACGGGACAGUGACGGAUAUUCAAGAAGCAACGGCACUGUCUCGCCAUCACGACAAAGUGGACGUCUUCAGUGCUUCUUGGGGGCCCAUGGAUGACGGGGCGCACAUGGAAGGGCCGGGCCCGCUGGCUAGCCUAGCUUUCAUUGAAGGCAUCACCAAGGGACGAGGCGGGAAGGGCAUAGUGUACGUGUGGGCCAACGGCAACGGUGGCCUGAUGGAUGACAAUUGCAACCUGGAUGGCUACACGUCAUCCAUAUACACCCUCUCUGUAUCUGCCCUCACUGAUAUGGGCACCUCUACCUUCUACGAGGAGCCGUGCGCCUCAACUCUGGCCGCUGUGUAUGUAGGCGGUGACCACUCCAUCCAGGACGCCCUUGACCAACAAGAACGACACGUGGAGGAACACAGAGUGGUAGUACCAGAGUUGGAUGGCCAGUGCAGCGCCACAUUCCAAGGAACCUCUGCUGCUGCUCCUCUGAUGGCAGGCGUUGUGGCAAUCGUUCUUCAUGCAAACUCGAACCUAACUUGGCGAGACGUGCAACAUCUGGUGGUGGAGACGGCGACCCCGACCCAAGAAGCCCUGCAGGAGGAGGGUUGGCAUACUAAUGGUUACGGCAAGAAAUUCCACCUCAUGCAGGGGUUUGGAGCAGUUAACGCGGGCAAGAUGGUGGAGGCGGCCCUAUCGUGGAAAAACGUCAACCCCCAGAGAACAGUCUCCAAACCCAUAUUCAGAGGCUAUAGGACUCUCUAUCCAAACAGUUGGCUAAACAUAUCAAAAGACAUGGACGUCUCAAAUGUCCCCGUGGAGUCCAGCAUGACGGGUGUGGAACAUGUCAUUGCACACAUCAAUCUCGCCCAUCCAAGCAGAAAGCUUUUAUCAAUCUUCAUAGUGUCACCAACAGGCACCACAUCACAGGUCCUAACUCACCGUCCCGCAGACAACAGCACCAUGGGCUUUAAUCCUUGGGGGUUCAUGUCCGUCCACUUCUGGGGAGAACAUCCAUCAGGCACCUGGACUGUGGCCAUCAAGAACAGCUCAGGAGAUAGAGGUCAUCUAAAACACAUUGAACUGACCAUCUUUGGCAAUUGAAAAAAAAAAUUGAUUCCUAAGCAGCAAUUCUUGAUUACAUAUAAAUUCAAUUCCUUGUGUAUUUUUUAAUAUAGAUAGCCUAAUAAAUUCUUGUAAUAGUAUAAAACAGUUGCAUUACGUUUUUAUUUGAAAGAGUUUACCAACUGUUUUAAGUAUUUGCAGACCUGUGUAUUCAUUUAUAAAAUUAAAUACAUCGUGCUAUGAUAACUGAACUAUUGUUAGUGCAGCGUCAUACCAUACGGAAGGACUGGAACUAAUUUAAUUUAUUCUUUCAUACAAUCUCAGUGUAAAGUUCAUUGACGAUGUUUAAAUCAUUUAUUGAUUUGAUUUCAUAAUACACACACUUUAGUCAGGGUUAUUUAAUUCCUAAGGAAUAUUUCACAUGACACUAAGUUUACUAUUCAACAUUAAUGCCAUAUAAAUUUUGUAGUAUUUACAUUUGUAAUUUUAAUAUUUAUUAAAAUAGAUCCUCA